ACUGUGAAGGGGCGUGGCCUCCGCAUGCAAAUGAUGCACGCCCCCUUGCGCCUUCCCCGUGAGCAGUGACGUCACACGAACGGCUCGUGUUGGUUCCAGCUGACAGAGAGAGAGAGAGAGAGAGAAGUCGAAAAUAGAGAAGUGUGCGCGUGAGAAAAGAGAGAGGGAGGGAGGGAGAGAGAGAGGGGAAAAUAAGAGCCAUCUCCUCCAUCUAUCUGUCUCUCAUAGUAUUUGGAUAUUAUUAUUUUUUGUUCCUCAUCUUACAUUUUUUGUUCCUUUUGUCGAUCAUAUUUAUUCUUAAUAUUUUUGUUGUCAUUUCUUCUGUUUUUAUAUUUUUCUUUUGAAGAUUUUCCCGCCGCCUGUACUCGGGUUUUAUUUCGGUUUUAAUUUCAGUCUCACUUCCCUCCGGAGUUAAUAUUCACGACCAACGACGGACCUCACCGGACCUCACCGGACCGGACCUAGCACCGUUAUUGCUCGCAGAACUCCAGAGAGACUUCCAGGAUUGGGCCGAGCUGAGUUUGGGAGCCUCCUGGAGGAUGAACUGGACCCAACAUGGUGCCAUUUUGGAGAUAAAUCCCCUCUUUUAAUUCUUGAAUAUUUUCUUCAUGGGGCGGGCGGCGCGGCGGGUCACCAGGUGGACAUAUUGAACGCACACCUCACCUGUCCGCGCGCACCUUUCGGCGGCGCGCCUGUCAAUCAUCGACCGCGUGGAUUAAUUUGAUCUUGAACUUGCAGUGUGCUGCUCGCUCUCCCUCCUCCUCCACCCUGAACUCCCCCCUCCAACCCUCACGCACGCACAGAAGUUAUGUCGAGGCCUCUCACGCAACUCUUGCCGCCGGAACUCCCCGCCGGGGCCACCAGCCCGCAGUUCGGGGCCGGGAACCCGGCUGGAAGCGGCCCCCAGGGCGAACACCUGACCUCCAUGACCAACCUGAAGUCUCUCCUCCAGCUGCCAAUCAAAGCCGACCAGCGGAGCCCCAAACACUGCUGCGAGAUGAAGGACAAAGACAAGCCUCUGGACUCUGAUGAGGAUUCAUUGGGUGUUGGGGCUGGAGGUCCCGGUGGGGUGGGAGGAGCCCCGGCGCCUGGAGUGCUGCGGCCUAACUCUCAGUCGGCCUUCCUGGGCCCGCUGCUGUGGGAGCGGACUUUGCCGUGUGACGGGGGCCUGUUCCAGUUGCAGUACAUGGACCUGGAGGAGUUCCUGACGGAGAAUGGGAUGGGAAUGCACAACAACGGCCCCAUUUCCACCAGCGCCCAGAUCCCAUCCCAGAGUUCCCAGUCCGCGGUGCCCAGCCAGAGCUCCCAGUGCCCUCCCUCCUCUCCUUCACCUUGCUCCUCAUCUUCAUCCUCCAUGUCCUCCUCCUCAUCUUCAUCUUCGCUGCUGGGCCUGGAGACUGUCCAACCACAGCCGCCGCCAGCGCCGCAGCCGCAGCAGCAGCCGCAGCAGCAGCCGCAGCAGCAGCAAGGCAUGAUGGGAGGUCCAGAGUGUGUUCACGACAAAGACAAGCCUCUGGACUCUGAUGAGGAUUCAUUGGGUGUUGGGGCUGGAGGUCCCGGUGGGGUGGGAGGAGCCCCGGCGCCUGGAGUGCUGCGGCCUAACUCUCAGUCGGCCUUCCUGGGCCCGCUGCUGUGGGAGCGGACUUUGCCGUGUGACGGGGGCCUGUUCCAGUUGCAGUACAUGGACCUGGAGGAGUUCCUGACGGAGAAUGGGAUGGGAAUGCACAACAACGGCCCCAUUUCCACCAGCGCCCAGAUCCCAUCCCAGAGUUCCCAGUCCGCGGUGCCCAGCCAGAGCUCCCAGUGCCCUCCCUCCUCUCCUUCACCUUGCUCCUCAUCUUCAUCCUCCAUGUCCUCCUCCUCAUCUUCAUCUUCGCUGCUGGGCCUGGAGACUGUCCAACCACAGCCGCCGCCAGCGCCGCAGCCGCAGCAGCAGCCGCAGCAGCAGCCGCAGCAGCAGCAAGGCAUGAUGGGAGGUCCAGAGUGUGUUCACGGCCGUCAGGCGGUGCCUCAGGACCCCUCACCCUCUUCUACCUGUCCUCCGGGGCCCCCCGGGCCCCCAGCGGUUGGCAACGGCAGCAGCGACAUCUUGGUGAACUUUGACCCUGACCCAGCAGAUCUGGCUCUCUCCAGCGUGCCAGGACAGGAGGCCUUUGACCCGCGGCGGCACCACUUCACCGAAGAGGAGCUCAAACCUCAGCCGAUGAUCAAGAAGGCUCGAAAGAUGCUUGUGCCCGAUGAGCAGAAGGACGAGAAGUACUGGAGCCGGCGAGUGAAGAACAACGAGGCAGCCAAGCGUUCACGGGACGCUCGGCGGCUCAAGGAGAACCAGAUUUCUGUGCGAGCCGCCUUCCUGGAGCGGGAGAACGCAGCGCUUCGGCAGGAAGUGGCAGACAUGAGGAAGGAGCUCGGCCGCUGCAGGAACAUCAUCAAUAAGUACGAGAGCCGCCAUGGAGACUUGUGAGGCUGCAGAGGAGUGACGGAGGAGGACUGGGAGGGAUGGGUGAAGGAGACGACGAGGGUACAAGGCAACCCAGCAACAGCAGGCACUUUAGUUGAAGUGGCGAGGAGAAAAGCCAGCGUAGAUCUGCAGUAAGCGCUGUGCGACACCGGGUGUAAGCACGUGUAUUCCCCAGGCGGGUGCUUUUGUGUGCACACUGCACAUCACGAGGUCAGGAAAAGCACAGCCACACCAUUUCUUUUUCUCGACUCCGUGUGCAUGCCUGUGCUGAGUCCACACGAUGUCUCGCACCGCCUCGUGUCACGUCGGCAGCUUUUGUCACCCCGGUGCUGUGCUCGUGCCUGGUGCCGCGCAGCGUUUGUGCAGGUAGUGUGUUUCGGCUGGACUCCGGCAACAGGGUGUUGAAUUCACAAAAUGCCAGUGAAAUCGCACUUUUGUUUUACACUCAAAACAAGGAUACAAGCCAGGAGGGGCCAGAUGUGUAAUUUUUUUCUAUAAAUACGACAAAACGUGUAUAUUUUUGAAGUGGGCAGAAAAGGCGAGAUGUGUUCAGAAGGAGGAAGAGGAAGAGGAAAUGCAGGGUUUUCAUCCAUAAGAGAUUUUGACAUAGGAUUAUUGUAUAUUUUUCUAUUAGGAGAAGUCAGGAGGAGGAUUUUGGAGAUAAUCUUUUGUAUAUUUUCUAUAUGGGUGGGCAGGACAGUCGCGGGCCAUGUGGUGCACCAUUCUCCAGCAAAUAAUCUAUUUUUAGUGUCCCUGAGCUGAUUGGUCGGAGGCAGACGUGGAGGCGUGCACGGAGAAUGUAUUAUGGUUGAAUCAGGUAUCUCACAGGGUGCAGGACAACGCGGCGUCUUGGUAACGAUCGAUUCUGGGGACGUCAGAAGGAAGAAAUGAAAAUUGUACAGUUUUAUGAAAAACUUAUUUCUGUGUUCGUUUUGAUUUAUUGUGGGCUCGUUCAAGCACUUGAUUUAACUUCUUUUUGAUUCCGUGUCUGAUUUUGGUAUUUGACUGUGGUGGAGGAAACGAGAGAGAAAGGAAGAGUCAGGAGAUGUGUUUAAAUCGAUAUUUCUCUCUCAUUUUACACCUUCAUGUGGUGACUUAAUGCAAAAAUUCUGUUUGU